CAUGGGAAUUUGCCGUCAUGUAAGAACAUACUUUUGGAUAAGCAUCUGCAUAAGGUUCAGCUACACUCCCCUUAGCCUGCGGCAGACCCUCCAGCUGCCAUUGGGGAUUUCCCAGAGCUGCCCGUCCCGCAGGCUUGGCACCAAUUGCAAAGCUUGACAAGCGGCUAGAUGCUACCUCGCUAAAGUGGGGCCAUCUUGGCUACAUCUCAGCUUCCCUCGAGGUCAACCACUUCAGGAUCCAGAGUUUCGAGGAUUUUCCCGUUGUCAUGCAAAGCACAGACCAAAAAAUGCGGGUUAGCUCUGGACUUCCAUAUCGAUUACCGCUUUCAACAGCAAGAGCAGUGAAGAUGCUCUGGAACAUGGCCAAAAUGAUAAAAGAUGCGGGGAUUUGCAAUCCUCACUUGAGUGUAGAGAAUAGCACAGGAUUCAAAGCCCUUGUUCCCAGUCUCAGCUUCCACAAUUGCAGCAGCCAAGCUACUAAACUUCGUGUCUGCUUGGCUAUCUUCAUAAAUUCUGCGUCAGUAGCCGGGAACGCCUGCCAGAACCUGCUACACAAUACCACAAUCUUCUUCCUGGCUUACCCACCUGCAGAUUCCUUCUGCUCAAACGCCUUCGGACUUUGUAACUUGAUCUUGAAGAUUGCUGAGAGUCAAAUCUCCCACCUCCUUUGCAGAGAGGCAAGUAGGAAAAGCGUGGGGUUGGUGGUUUGUCCAGUGUAUGUAUUCGUUACGUACUAUCGUCUCAACAAUCAUUGCGUAUGAAAGCCAGAAUGCUGCCCGCUAAUCAAAUCAGAAGCACAAAUA